AUGACCUGCACCACAUACUCGGCCAGCGUCGUCGUCGUCCCAGACACCAGGUCGUGCUGCGCCCGCAGGACCGUCUCGACGGCGGUCGGGUGCCUCCGUCAGACGGCCGUCCAGGGGCUCUUGUUCAGCAGCGCGCCGGCGUCGCCCGAUGCCGAGACGGUCUGGUCGGCCCAGGGCGGCAGCUCGUCGUGGGUGCUACUAGCAAUCUCGGCGAGGUCGCUGCCGAAUAUGUCGGCCGAGCUGGCGAAGGUCUGUGAGUUGGCGACGCUAGUAGCUUCUGCCGUCGCGCUGUAG